AUGAGUGUCGACCGCUGGAGGCGCCGAGGCUCACUGGCUAGCAAUUCCGAUAAGCCUCUUUCGCCCUCCUUGACGCCCCAAGACUCGGAACAUGCUCUUGGCAAGAAACCACGCGUGCUCACAAAAGCGCUGCGCUCUCUCAGCAACUCGUCCAUCGAUUCUAUGCCUGCUAUACCGUCGCGAAGCUCUAGUUCACAACGACGCCUGCAAAAGACAACCUCGGGUUCCAGCUCCAUGAUCGAACGAUUCCACCGUCGAGUCUCGCGCGACUCUGCUGCCAAUUCGCCGACUGACAUCUCCCCGAGUCCCCUCCUGGACUCAUCGCACAGCUCCAUGCAAAUCGUCAAACGCGGCUGGUUGAGACAAGAUCCCUCUAGCCGCAAGAGUCGCUCCGAUUACCUUGUUCUUACGGACCAAUGUAUUUCGAGGUUUGCUAGCCUCGAGGCUGCCCGGGUUGUAUAUCCACAAAUUGCAGCUCAAGAAGAACCAGCUAUUGUUGCACGAUCCGCCUCAUCUGCGUCCAUCCCCAAGGCUAACGCUGCGGCGGAGAAUCGUCUCAAUAUUCCACUCAAUGCCAUGGUGGCUGUCUUGAUUGAUCCCUGCACUGAGCACGUUGCUGAGGUUUGGUGGUCAUUGCCUGCGCCCCGACUCGCCUAUUGUCGCACACAACUGUCUUUCAACACGCCCCAAGAGAGGGCUGAGUGGCACACGUUAUUGCACCGCGCCUGCAGACAGAAGUUGCGCGAGGGUCCUCUGGCUGGUAGCAUCCCGGACAAUGUUCUUGAACGGAUUCGCAUCAUUGUCCGCUCUUCUGAGACCGUCAGUGACGACUCUAAGAUAACCAUCUUCCCUGUCGUGCGCCGCCUCGCUUCUUCGCCAAAGGCUCCCGCUGAUGACAGUCCCAGCUCCAGUGACGGAGGCUCCUCUUACUAUUUGGCUAUCGGUCCCUUUUUAUGCUAUUUCAUUGAAAUUCUCAGAUCGGACCAUGCUACGCCCUCUCAUGACCUAAUGGCGAAGGUGACACCUUUUGGCAUCGUCACCCUCAGCAAAUUCCAAGCAUCCGUGGCCAAUCAUGAGCAAACUUUUGUCAUGUGCUUCCGAAUGCCCUUUGGGAAAGAAACCCGUCUCACGCUGGCUAGUGUCUACUACCGCCGCAUAAUCGAGACGCUUAUCAAGAUGGACAGAAUCUUGAAGCCUACGUGGCCCCAGCAUCUUCAGCAAGCCAUUUUUGACAUCCGUGGCCUCUCCCCCCCUUUACAACUCACCUCUGGCAACGACUUGGGUGGUUUCGACAUCAGCCUGCCUGCUUACUGUGCAGCCUUCCAAGUUCCCAUGCCAAAUUGGCGGAUUGACUGGAACACGCCAUCGCAGCCCUGCUUUUGCCUUUUGCCGGCUCAGGACAAGCCCUAUGGCCCCUAUCAGCUUUUGGCCGUUUUCAGGGCUCUGCGAUAUAAUGGGUUUUUUAAGGCAGUCUCUUUUGCCGAUGUCGACCUGACGCCCUUGAUCAUCACGCAGGACUUCUCGCACUAUGCCGAUUCGAUCGUUUACGCGUCGGCGAACCGUGUCCGUUUGCCCGAAGACCUCUCCGUCAUCAUGUCACAGUCAUCUGUUCUUGGGCGAGAAAUACACUCCUUACUUUUCGCCUCGGACUCUCUCCGAUCGAUCAAUUUGUCCAACGUUUUCGGCAUCUAUGACGCCAAGAAGCAUAAGAAGAUCGUGGCCGCUGAUGCCUCUGAGUUUGAACCGAGAACGAGCGAGCUGCUGCGCCCAAUCUCAGAACUGCUGAGACGGCAGCUGUCUCACUGCCACAGCAUUGUGCUAUCCCACAACCCUAUUUCUUCCGCCGAUGCCGAUGAAUUGCGUGAUAUUCUUACCCUUCCUCAUGUGCGACUGCGACGUCUCGAGCUUGCUCAAUGUGGACUUGGCGAGUUUGGCUUAUCAGACAUUUGGUCAACAUUGGACCAGCAAACGGAUUCUCUGGAAAUACUCGACCUGUCUAACAACCCGGGAAUUGUUCAGCUUGAAGUCGUUUGUAAUACUCUCAGACACCUCAGUAGUGUCACCAAGCUUUGCAUUGCCCGGACCGUGCGUCUGGCGACGGGAGUAUCACUCUUCGAUGACGAUGCUCUGGUUACUUGGCAGCUUCAGGAGCUGGAUCUGUCUGGCAUGAUGAUUAACGAUGCUACCGUGGAAAGUCUUGCCAAGUAUCUGGCCGCCGGUGCCUCGCACGCUCUUCGCGUCUUACGUCUCAACUGCUGCGGGCUCAACGGAUUCCAGGUUGCACGGCUUUUGCGCAGCAUGGGGCCAGCCCGUGACAUGCACGUUCACAUGGACUCUAGCCGUAUCGAUGCCGGGGUUGAAGAUCUGUGCGAUGUCAUUGGUACCGGGCUUGCUCCGCAGGGCCUGUUUCUGCAAAAUAUUGAUUGUGCUCGUGAGGAAAGCUAUGUCAAAGUGCUUCGCGCGUUGGCACUCAAUAGCUCCAUUGAGUGCCUCAGCCUGGCUGGCACUUCGAUCCCCGAUGCGGCUAGCGAAACAGCUUGCCAGGCUGUUUUCGACUUUUUGGCAAAGAACAACUCAGUUCGCUACCUGGACAUGUCUGGGUACGACUCCAAACUCGACGAGGGAAGGCUAGGCAGGGGAUUCUCACGCGCUCUCGGCGGUCUGCGCCACAAUACGCAAAUAGAGCAUCUCCGAGUCCGCAGCCAGAUGCUCAACAUCAACGUGGGCGAUUUUGCAGAGGCUCUCGCCGUGAACAAAAUCCUCCGAACUGUUGAUUGCUCCUCAAACGACUUCACACUGUCCAACCUGCGGUAUCUCAUCACCAAGCUCGAGCACAACAGGUCGAUUCGUAACUUCUCUGCGUUCAAGACGCAUGAACUUGACCGUACGAUAGCCAAGUCUAUCAGCGACGCAGCAGUUCCCGUGCCGACCAAACGGCCUUCCAUGAUGUCACGGUUUAAAUCUGAUAAGAACAGUCAACCUCAACAAGACGCAGCACUGAUUCAAGAGCUCAAGAGUGAAUGGGACCAUGCUAUUCAUUCUUUGCAGAGUAUCAUGGACGAUAACUUGCGAAACUACGUCGAUGCGACAAAUUUGGAUGGUGGAUCGGCGAGCCAAGCCUCUGCCGAGAGCGAGGCUGCGUUUGCGGCGGCCUUUGGUGGCCUGGCUGCGGAAGACUAUGAUGGGCUCAAGACCGUCACGAUCAGGCGCAGCGCUGACACAUCGCAACGGAUGAGUCUGCAUGCCCGUACUAGCUCUAGCAGAUCUACAGGCGAGCGACCGGACUCGGUUGGUUCGAGCGAAGCCACAGGAAGCCCGAGCAGCGAAGCUGGCAGUAGCGAAUCCGGCGCUGCGACACCGAUUGACGUCGACUGCGCAGUGGAUGUUGAACCAGCGGUUCGAAGCGUACAAGAACAGUGGCCUGUGUAUGGCGACAGCCCUGAGAAUAAUUAUUCUUUUGCAGAUGGUACAGAUGCGGAUGCUGGGCUCCAGAUGAAGCGCUAUCGACGAUUCCAAGGAGACCCAACAGACCGGAUUGAGGAAGAGGACCAUGCCCAUGAAGCGGACAAGAGCUCUCCGUAG